AUGGCGUUCAGAACGGGCAACGAUGUCAUCUGGUGCCAGGCGUUCUCGUUGUCCUUGGAAGACGAAGCCCUCGAAUGGUUCAACACCCUGCCUCCCAAUUCCAUAGAGAACUUUGUCGGACUAAAGCAACUAUUUAUCCGGCAAUUCGCGGCCAACAGCACGCAGGACUUGACCAUGUUUGAGUUGGUCACCCUGAAGCAGGGUAAAGAAGAAACGCUGAGAGCGUUCAUGGACCGGUAUCAAAAAACCAUCCGGCGAGUGAAGGCGUUAAGCCUAGAGUUUGCCCUCCAUUACAUACUGCCCGUCCUCAAGCCCGGACCGUUCAAAGACAACGUCUGUCGGCGGGCCCCCAAGAUUAUGGAGGAGCUGAGGGAACGCGCGGCGGACGAGAUAAGGGUUAAGGAGAUGAAAUUGUCCUAUAAGAAAGAAAGCCAGGAGCUUAGGGGCGAGAAGGCGGACGGCGGGAAGCCCGACAAUUCGGUGGGAAAAUCGGGCGGCAACAGGCAGAAGGAACCACGCCGAGGACCUCGUUUCCAGCAAUACACCCCCUUGAACGCCCCCCGAGAAAAGAUCCUCCGGGAGGCACUCAGCGCGAAUUUGCUCCCCGAACCUAUGAAGCGACCUAUUCCAUCCGGAGCGAAUGAGAGUAAACACUAUGCCUACCACAAGAAUAUGGGUCACACCACCUAG